GGGCGGCGCCUCUUCAUUCUUUCCCAACUCCUGCCGUGAAGAAGUGAGCGGCCCCUGCUAGGAAUCCUUCGCCGCUUAUUCUUGCAGCCUUCAAAAGUCAGAAGCUCAAUGCUCUGCCUGGGUAGAAUAAUCGCUUGCCUCCGGACGCUCUCCGCCGAGCGCCUUGGGGCACUUGGUCAUUUCCCGAGAAGAUCCACGUCUACAGGGAGGGGAAAGGAGAUCCUGUUAAACGUUCAUGGAGAGGCAAACGGCGCUAUUGCAGAGAUUCUGAUGAACAAGCCACAUGCCAGGAAUUCCCUGGGGAAGGUGCUUGUGGAUGAACUGUACGAAACCCUUGAAGUUCUCCGUUUUGAUGAAAGUGUUCGUGUUGUGAUAAUUAAGAGCAAAGUGAAAGGUGUUUUUUGUGCAGGUGCUGACUUAAAAGAGCGUGCUAAGAUGACAGAUACCGAAGCUGACCAUUUUGUUCAGCGGCUCAGAAGCUUGAUGGAUGGCAUUGCUGCGCUACCAAUGCCUACCGUUGCUGCAAUCGAAGGCUAUGCCUUAGGUGGGGGCUUGGAACUGGCACUAGCUUGUGAUCUCCGAGUGGCAGCAUCAUCAGCUACAUUGGGCCUAAUUGAAACAACCAGAGGACUCUUUCCUGGUGCAGGUGGAACCCAACGUUUAACACGCUGUAUUGGAAUAGGCCGUGCUAAAGAACUAAUUUUCACUGGCAGACAGAUUGAUGGACAAGAGGCAUUCUCAGUAGGUCUAGUUAACCAUACAGUGCCACAGAAUGAAAAAGGGGAUGCAGCUUACCAAAGAGCAUUAGCUUUGGCUGAAGAGAUUGUUCCUCGGGCUCCAAUAGCUGUGAAAAUGGGGAAAAUGGCUAUAAACAAAGGCAGUGAGGUGGAUAUCAACUCCGGUAUGGUUAUUGAAAGACUGUGUUAUGCUCAGAAUAUCCCUACCAGAGACCGGCAGGAAGGAAUGGCUGCUUUCAUAGAGAAACGACCACCUAAGUUCAUUGGGAAGUGACAUUGUCAAGCCUUGUGCAGGUGACUGAAGCCAGCUCCAAGAACUGAGAAGGCUGUGCCUUAUAAGAAUAUUUUUUCUACAUAAAAUUGUAUAUUCAGACAAUG